GAGCUGCUCGGCCGGCGGCGCAGCCCAGGGCGGACACGGACACGGCGGCUGCGAAGACUCAAAAGGUUCUGCUGGAAAUUCCGCGGCGCUGGGGGACCCCAGCAGGAGCCUGUUGCCAUUGUGUUUUAAAAGCAUGCAAGGUCUGUAUGGCUUGGGCAUGAGGAUCUUUCAGAAGAUGUCAGAGCAUCCGAGUAAAUGACACCUAUUGGGGCAUUGCAUUGGGGGUAAAGACCGAGAGAGAAAGAAAGACCGCGGGGAGGAAAUUCUUAGAGAACGUCUGACUCGCGGCUGUGAAAUUCAUUUUCUUUCCAAGGCAAAAUCUGAGAAGCCCGCACAUGGUCUUUGAUAACAACAAAUUAAAGGGGUUUCUGCCGUGAAAGGAUCAAUAGCUUAGUCAUUUUACGUCAGGAGAGCAGGCAGCCUUAUUAUGGGGUUAGGCAUCUGAAAUGAAUUUCCUCAUGACAGCACCUUCUGAAGUCAUGAUGGUAGGUAAUUCCGUCCUGCAAAGCAGAAAUUGCUCCCUGCCUUCCUACUUUUGCAGUUGAAAACCGGCAGUUCUGAGAUUUUGGGGGAAGAAGUUGGCUUUGGUUAUACAUGGUGUCUGGCCCCUUUGCCCAGGUCUUUGUCCGACUCGUCUCAGAAGGCAGCACUGCGUUGAAGUGACCACACAGGAAUAUGUGCCUCAGAAAGAAGAAAAAGCAAUAUUCAUUUCUAAAGGACAGCAUGGCAAAGCAGCCUGAAGUUUUCCAUUUCCCUUCUAACACUUCUUUAACAAGGAUAACCAGAAACUGUCUUUUGACUCCCCCUUUCCCACAUUCCAGAGUCCUUCCUACGAGGAUGCAUUAAUUUACACUCUAGGCGCUUGGAUUUUUUACCAGGACAAUAUUUGCCACCAUUUAGGAUAAACGAUUGAACUGGUUAUUUUAGUGUUUUGACUAAUGAGUGGAACCUAAAUGGAUGGACCCAUACCGGCAGUGCUCUGUGAUGUUUCUUCCUUCAGAUCCUGGAAGGGCUUUUGUUGUUGCUAUUUGUUUUUUUGGGGGGAGGGGUGCUUUUUUUUUUUUUGAAUUCAGUACUUGUUGCAAUAAUUGCCCAUGAUAGCUGCUCAAACAGGAGAGUUGGAAUUCAUCUGUGAAAAUCACUACAUGUAGCAUAUGAGACCAGGAAAAUCUUGAUGAGAGAAGACCUGCAAAUAUGAUGCACGUGAAUAACUUCCCCUUUAGAAGGCAUUCCUGGAUCUGUUUUGAUGUGGACAAUGGCACAUCUGCGGGACGGAGUCCCUUGGAUCCCAUGACCAGCCCAGGAUCUGGGCUAAUUCUCCAAGCAAACUUUGUCCACAGUCAACGUCGCGAGUCGUUUCUGUAUCGAUCCGACAGCGAUUAUGACCUCUCUCCAAAGUCUAUGUCCCGGAACUCCUCCAUUGCCAGUGAUAUACACGGAGAUGACUUGAUUGUGACUCCAUUUGCUCAGGUCUUGGCCAGCCUGCGAACUGUACGGAACAACUUUGCUGCAUUAACUAAUAUGCAAGAUCGAGCACCUAGCAAAAGAUCACCCAUGUGCAAUCAACCGUCCAUCAACAAAGCCACCAUAACAGAGGAGGCCUACCAGAAACUGGCCAGCGAGACCCUGGAGGAGCUGGACUGGUGUCUGGACCAGCUAGAGACCCUGCAGACCAGGCACUCCGUCAGUGAGAUGGCCUCCAACAAGUUUAAAAGGAUGCUUAAUCGGGAGCUCACCCAUCUCUCUGAAAUGAGUAGAUCUGGAAAUCAAGUGUCGGAGUAUAUAUCAAACACAUUCUUAGAUAAGCAACAUGAAGUGGAAAUUCCUUCUCCGACUCAGAAGGAAAAGGAGAAAAAGAAAAGGCCAAUGUCUCAGAUUAGUGGGGUCAAGAAGUUGAUGCACAGUUCCAGUUUGACCAAUUCAAGCAUCCCGAGGUUUGGGGUUAAAACCGAACAAGAAGACGUCCUUGCCAAGGAACUAGAAGAGGUGAACAAAUGGGGUCUUCAUGUUUUCAGAAUAGCAGAGCUGUCUGGUAACCGGCCUCUGACUGUUAUCAUGCACACCAUCUUUCAGGAACGGGAUUUAUUGAAAACAUUUAAAAUUCCAGUAGACACUUUAGUUACAUACCUUAUGACCCUGGAAGACCAUUACCACGCUGACGUGGCCUACCACAACAAUAUUCAUGCUGCAGACGUGGUCCAGUCGACGCAUGUGCUGUUAUCUACACCUGCUUUGGAGGCUGUGUUUACAGAUUUGGAGAUUCUUGCAGCAAUUUUUGCCAGUGCAAUACAUGAUGUAGAUCAUCCUGGUGUGUCCAAUCAGUUUCUGAUCAAUACAAAUUCUGAACUUGCCUUGAUGUACAAUGAUUCUUCUGUCUUGGAGAACCAUCAUUUGGCCGUGGGCUUUAAGUUGCUUCAAGAAGAAAACUGUGACAUUUUCCAGAAUUUGACCAAAAAGCAAAGACAAUCAUUAAGGAAAAUGGUCAUUGACAUUGUACUUGCAACAGACAUGUCAAAACACAUGAAUCUACUGGCUGAUUUGAAAACUAUGGUUGAAACUAAGAAAGUGACCAGUUCUGGAGUUCUUCUUCUUGAUAAUUAUUCUGACAGAAUUCAGGUCCUCCAGAAUAUGGUGCACUGUGCGGACCUGAGCAACCCGACAAAGCCGCUGCAGCUGUACCGCCAGUGGACGGACCGCAUAAUGGAGGAGUUCUUCCGCCAAGGAGACCGCGAGCGGGAGCGGGGCAUGGAGAUAAGUCCCAUGUGUGACAAGCACAAUGCAUCUGUGGAGAAAUCACAGGUGGGCUUCAUAGACUAUAUCGUUCACCCCCUCUGGGAGACGUGGGCAGACCUUGUCCAUCCUGAUGCCCAGGACAUUUUGGACACUUUGGAGGACAAUCGUGAAUGGUACCAGAGCACAAUUCCUCAGAGCCCCUCCCCAGCACCUGAUGACCAGGAGGAGGGCCGGCAGGGCCAGACUGAGAAGUUCCAGUUUGAACUCACUUUAGAGGAGGAUGGCGAGUCCGACACUGAAAAGGACAGUGGAAGUCAAGUAGAAGAAGACACUAGCUGCAGUGACUCCAAGACUCUCUGCACUCAAGACUCGGAGUCGACCGAGGUUCCCCUUGACGAACAGGUCGAAGAAGAAGCAGUGGGGGACGAGGAGGAAAGCCAGCCCGAAGCCUGCGUCAUCGAUGAUCACUCUCCCGACACGUAACAGUGCAGAGGACGUUCAUGCCUUUUUCUUUUUUUUAGUAGAAAAAAUUGUUUCCAAAGUGCAUGUCACAUGCCACAACCAUGGUCACACCUCACUGUCAUCUGCCAGGACGUUUGUUGAACAAAACUGACCUUGACUACUCAGUCCGGAGCUCAGGAAUAUUGUAACCAGUUUUUUCACCUCCAUGUCACCAGACCGAGGGGGGCAUCUUCACGGACAGCAUUUUAACAAGAUGUCAGCUUGGUAGAGCUGACAAAGCAGAGAAAAAUCAAUUCCAAAAUAUUUCCAAGGGAGUGUGGCUCAUCAGGCAGCCCAGAAGUUGAUAUGACUUGGGGUUUCUUUUCUUUUUAUUUGUUUGCAAUAUUUUCAGCAGAAAGAAGGCAUUACACAGACAGAGUGAACUCGUGAAUGAAACAACAAAUGGGUCAGGAACAGGACACAGCGCGAAUCUGUUACCAGGAGGAAGAUGAGCCACAGAAAUUGCAUAAUUUUCUAAUUUCAAGUCUUCCUGAUACAUGACUGAAUAGUGUGGUUCAGUGAGCUGCACUGACCUCUAUAUUUUGUAUGAUAUGUAAAACAGAAUUUUUGUAGAGCUUACUUUUAUUAUUAAAUGUAUUGAAGUAUUAUAUUUAAAAAAAAACACAAAACUAUGUUCAGAACUUCAUCUGCCACUGGUUAUUUUUUUCUAAGGAGUAACUUGCAAGUUUUCAGUACCAAUCUGUGCUACACUGGAUAAAUCUAAUUUACGAAUUUUACUUGCACCUUAUAGUUCAUAGCAAUUAACUGAUUUGUAGUGAUUCCUUGUUUUAUAUACCAAUGACUUCCAUAUUUUAAAACAAAAGCAAAUUUUAAGUUGCAGGAAACUUUGUAGGUCUUCAUUUACUUUUUUUGUUUCAUUCUUUUCAGAUAAGCAGAGUUGCUCUUCACUGUUUUUCUUCAUGGUGUGCAAAGUGAAUAUUUGUUCAGUAAUACUUUGAUGUGCGUUCUUUCUAAUGUGUCUUAAGCCUCAUGCACACUCAAUCAUCCAUUGGUGUUGUCUGAAGCAAGUGAGAGAUAUAUAAAUACCCAGUAGCUAAAAUGGUCAGUCUUUUUUAGAUAUUUUCCUACGUAGUGUCUUCUGAUAACUUUUUGCUAUGUCGGUAGACCCUCAUUUCACAAGUGCAUGUCUUUGUAAUGACCCACAUAUGUCAUGCUCAUUUUCAGUGUUUUCACAGUCAUAGGACGAAAAACUUUUGCCCCUUGUGCUGCUCUGUCAUUUAGCGUGUGUUUGAACCUCUGUCCACCUUCACUAGAUAGGGUCUUAUCAAAUAUAUCAUUGCCAUUUUGAUUGAUGGGGGAAAAGCAGAUAGUCAAGUUAGGGUUAGCAUUCAUUUCUACUGCGAGGUCAUGUAGAAUGACUAGCUUUUACUCUUGAUUUACAGAGAAAAGCUAACAGCUAGUUAGGCAGUGUUAACAAUAUUAGCGGAAUAUAUUAACAAACACCACCAGUACAACUAAUGUGCGUUUGUUUCCAUGAUUUUGCCAUGGGAGUAAGAACUAUAUAAGGAAUAUUCUGGAGAAGUGAUUUUUAAAUGUAGGAACUACCCUUCCUUAAUAGACAAGUACUUAAUAUGUAGAAAUUGCUUUAUUGGUUAUCGGUUCAUCGGUAGGUCUUGUAGAGGAGAACUUCUGUAAUAUCCUGAAGGAAAGUCAUUGAUGAUGCCACUAGCACCAGUGGUUUGGUAAUAUAAUGCCCUCCUAAAAUACUGGGUUGAGUAAAAAGAUUCUGCUGAAAUUAAAAAAAAAAAAAAUGAGAGAUCACUUUGGGCUGAAUUUGGCACCAAGAACUAUUGCAAUUUUAGAGAUUAAUUUCCAGUAUUUAUCAUCAGUUGGCAUCUUGGGGCAUUUAUUUACUUUGGACUUUUUUUUCCAUUUUAGCUCUGAACAAAGUGUUUACCUUUUCUGUGAAAAGAUUGGAACCCAAAUAAUCAUUUUCAAAUUGAUAUCUAAGAAUUGGCAUAGAACUAAAGGGGGGUGUCUGACUAAAUGGAAAAUAAAUAAACACUUAACAAAAAGUGUAACCCUGAAAAACAUUGAUAUUUAGGAAGGCAGGAAGCCUUCUGGGGGAUGAAUAAUGAAGUCAUCAGCCAGAAAAAUGGCCUAUGCUGAAGAUAGCUCCUGUUUUAAUCUCCUGAGAUCCCCUGAGGGAAAACUUGUGUAGUUCCGAUCUUUACACAGAGCAGAGUAGGAAUCAACUGAUUAAUGAUCAGAUCUCCACCCUCCUUUCCCUGUAAAGAUCAGACAGUAACCUUUGAGACAAAGUCCUAUAUUUGUCCAAAUGGUUUCACAAGAACACUUGGAAACCUGUUUUAAUUUCAUUUCUCCCUAAUGGAGGUCUAGAAGAAAUGACAAAGAAUCUAGGGUUUAUUCCUUUUUCCAAAAUAGCCUCAUUCCCUCCUCUCCCUAAUACUUGGUAUUUUCCCCACAGAGUGCCUAGAAUCUUAAUAGUGAAAAACAAAAAAAAUUAAAGCAGCAAUAUGUCACAAACAAAUCCAGACCUGAAAGGGUUUAUAACUGCACUAAAAAAAGAGGCUUUUUUCCCCCAUUUGUUGGGUUUUAAUGGUCACAUGUUGUAAGGGUACCCACUGAUUGACAAUCAAAUUGAAGAAAGUGCGUACUAUCCAAGAGACAGGGACUAAUGCACUGUACGAUCUGCUGAUCCUCUCCCUUCCUCCUCCUUUGUCUCCUUCUCUCUUGCCCAAGUGUGCUUCAGUAUCAUACACCGCUUUAAAAAUAACAUCCUUUCACAAGUGGCUUUACAUUUCCUAAAAUGCCAUAAGAAAAUGCAAUAUCUGGGUACUGUAUGGGGAAAAGAUGUCCAAGUUUGCAUAUAACCAGUACAUUUCAGCUUGCAAGUUACUAAACAUAGUAAUGCUGUUUUGAUUUUAUUUUCUUUUACAUCACUUAAAAUUCACAAGAAAAUAAUGUAGAUAGAACAAAUUGCAGAUAAGGGAAAAAAAACUUGAAUGAAAUGGAUUUCACAGAAAGCUUUAUGAUAAUUUUUGAAUGCAUUAUUUAUUUUUUUGUGCCAUGCAUUUUUUUCUCACCAAAUGACCUUACCUGUAAUACAGUCUUGUUUGUCUGUUUACAACCAUGUAUUUAUUGUAAUGUACAUAUUGUAAUGUUAAUUGUAAAUUAUCAGUUCUUAUUAAAACAUCAUCCCAUGAUGGGAUGGUGUUGAUAUAUUUGGAAACUCUUGGUGAGAGAAUGAAUGGUGUGUAUACAUACUCCUUGUACAUUUUGUUUUCUCCUGUAAUAUAGUCUUGUCACCUUAGAGCUUGUUUAUGGAAAAUUCAAGAAAAAACUAUAAAAUACAUAAAGAUAUAUAAAUUAAAAAAAAAAAAAACACAUAGCUGCAGGUCUUUGGUCCCAGGGCUGUGCCUUAACUUUAACCAAUAUUUUCUUCUGUUUUGCUGCAUUUGAAAGUAAGGUUAUGGUGGGGCUAGGGCUGGGCAUUUCACAUCCAAGCUUUGAAUCAAUUGGUUUUCUGGCAGUAGCUGGAUUUUACAAAACCACAGACAACCUCUGGAAGAUUCUGAGACCCUUUUGAGAUACAAGCUUAAGAACUUCUUGCCAUGAAGCAGCAUUGUUUAUAUGGUGAUGGUUUUCCCCAUCUGUUGAUCAGGAGCUACUUGGGUUAGCCACAUUUGUUUUCUACUUUCAAACACUACUGGGAAAAUAUAUUGUCCCGUGAUUAUAAGAAGUAUUUUUUGGCUUCUAGAGCACAUAGGUAAAUGAACUUGAUUUGAAACUAGAGCCAAAGGUCUCGAGUGCUGGUUAGUCCUUUAUUCGUCAGCUUCCUGUCAUGUUAAGAGAAUAUAUAAUAUGAAAAAGGUCAUUUUUUAACCCUGGAAAUUUUCUUCAACUGAAGUCAACCAAAUUUUUAAUAUGUGAGUCCAUAGGUACGGUGUACAAGACAUGUUUUAUAUGAUACCAAUUGACGUAGCAUAAAGGAUUUAUCAUUCUCUAGAAUUUGUUUCUGCAAAACUUACAUUGCUUUAGCAUUUUAAAACAUAACCUUUCACAAUGGCCAGCUCCCAACGCUAUGACACAGUGGAGGAUGAAACCUUCUUCCACUACUGCCCAGCCCUCAGAAAAUGUGACUUAGUGAAAGGAGAGAUUCUCUUUUUAGGAAAAAUGAGCCUCCUGUUAUUUUGUUUUCUUUUUUUUGACACAAACUGUAGAUUUUAGCAGCCCUGGCCCAAAGGAAUUUGAUUACUUUUGUUUUUUAAACAGUACAAAGGGGACACUAUAAUUACAAAAACACAUCCUUACUGAUUUUAGUUGUUUUUUAUUUUAUUUCAUUAGAUAAUGUUUUCAGAAUGGUAAAUUGUGUGUGAGCAUUAUAAAUGAUGAUUCUUUUAGUGGUUUCUUAGCCUCUCUUACAGCCCAUGGGGAUAGUACUGUACAUCAAUACCUUCAUAUGAAAUUUUUAUAUGCAAUGGAAAUAAAAGCAUGGGUUGAUUCUGCCUA